AUGACUGAUGACAGCACUGUUUCAUCAACUACACCUACUACAUCAAGAAUUGCAUCACCUACUAAUGCGAGAGGAGGACUAGCAAUAUAUAAUAAUAAAUUUCGUCAAAGAUCUAUUAGUGGAGGUUGUUCAGCUGACGAAACUUCAAUUAACUCGCCAACUGAUUCAUCGUCAAAAAAAAUUCGUGCUAGCAUGCAGCCUUCAUCACCAUCAAGGCCAACAUCACCUACACUGUCUAGAACAGCAAAUAAUAAUUCUAGACUUGGACUUAAACGUCCUCCUUCACAAAUGACAGGUCUAGCCAGACCAAGUAGUAGGGCAGGAAAUAUUCCAAGUCCUCCCAUUACUAACACAGCAUCAUCUAAAAGUCACAUCACUUCACCUAACAGUAAUAUUAGAACACCGUCAUCUGCUGGAUCAAAUGCUAAAACAGCUAAAGGAAUUGCACGUAAAUUUAGUCUUCAAACAGAUAGUAUUUAUGAUGAACCUGAUAAUUAUUGUUAUAGUCCACCAGAUUCUCCUCUUGGUGGAUCAGAAACUGAUUCUUUGAGAUCUUUUACAAGUUCCAUAUCAUACGGAUCUUCUGUUGCAAAUAGAAUGUCAAUGGCAACUUCAAGAAAUUCAAAACUUCCUGCGCCUGGUAGCACGAUAGAAGAGUCUUCAAAUGUAAACGUAGCUAGAUUAUCGUCAACACCAGGUGGAAAACUACCCAAAGCAUUUAUUGAUGAUGGGUUGGAUGAGUUAUUGGAUGGAAUUAAAUUAGGAUUUGAGUUACCUUGUAAAGACAUUAGUGAUGAAAAAAAAUAUUUUGAUGAUAAUGAGGAGGAUUCUGGGGAAGAAUUAGUCAGCCAAGACAAUUAUGAUAAUGAUGAUAAACCUGAAGAAAUAAGUUAUAAUAAAAAAUAUAGAGGGUCAAAAAGAAAGAAAUUCAGCAAAUAA